AGCGGGCCUGGGCGGAGGCGCUCGGCGCUCGGCUGGGCGGGCUUGGCGUGGCGGCGGGCGCCAUGAGGGCUCCGCGGCCGUGCGGGGUCUGCGGGGCGGCGGGAGCCGCCAAGUACCGGUGUCCGCGCUGCGCCAGCGCCUACUGCUCCGUGCCGUGCUGCAGGACCCACAAAGAGCGAUGCACAGCGGAGCCGGAGCGGCAGCGGGAGCCGGAGCGGGCGGCGGGCGGGCGGCCCUGCCCCUGCCCCUGCCCCGCAGGCAGCCCUUGGUCGGUGGAGGACAUCCUGACGGAAGAUGACGAACGGGACCGCGUCCCGCUGCAGAAACUCAAGCUCUUAGGGGAAUCAGAAGAACUGAGAGGCUUGCUUCUGAACCCACAUCUCAGGCAGCUACUGCUGACAGUCGAUCAAGCAGAAGAUAAAAGCUCCCUCCUGAAAAAGUACAUGCAGGAGCCGUUAUUUGUUGAGUUUGCAGACUGCUGUUUGAAGAUUGUUGAACCUCCAGAGAAGGAGAACAUCCUUCCCGAGUGAGCUACUUUGGGAACAUUUUUCUUCCCUCUGACAAAAGAUUUAGUAGCACCUCGUGCUACUGCGGUGCACCAUUCUGUGUGCUUCCUCAAGGUUUGGUCACACUUUGCUCAUGGAUGUCAGCACUCUAAUUUUCAGUUUAGAGUUGAUAAAUAGUGACGUGGUCUUUGACAGAUAUCUAGAUACUAGGAAUUAAACUUGAUGUUCUGAGAACUUGCUUUCUGUUAGUACAGAAAUACUGUCAACCAUAGGAAAUGUUGCUUCCCAAUGACAAUAUUAAAUAUAUUUGCUUUUCUUUUUUAAUCCACAAA